AACCGAUCGGCCGUCGACCAGCCCGGCCUCCCUGAACCCCGGAAGCCGAGCUUUGUCAUCUACACGGCGCCUUCCAAUCCGAUACCUACAGAACAAUAAACGAUUGACCAUGUUCUUCAAGACCAAACCGCUGGGCUCUCUCAAGAGCAUCCUCCCGCCAAUCCACCAGCCCCUCCCCCUCAACCAGCGCGAAUCCCAGAAGCUCCUCGAUGUCCUAAAAGCUUCCUUCCGAGCCCACCUAGACAAAGAGCACGGAUGGACUCCCGAUACCAACCAGGUCGCGCCGGCCGCCCCGACCGUCACCUAUCUGCCCUCGGCUUCUCCCGCCUCCUCCAAAGAUGUACCAGCCCGUCCGACGGAUAAGCAUAUGCGCGCCAUUCUGGAGAACCCCCUCUUCAACAACAAGGCCUUUGUCCCACCCUCUGUCGCCGCCCCUGCCCCGGCCGUCAGGAACAACCGCAACGACAUCUUUCAGCUGGCCGUCUCCAAGGGCAUCAUGAACACCCAGCGCGCCCUCGGCUUCCUCCUGGCCGUCCAGCGCGACAUCCAGCUCUCCGCCGCCGUCUCCGUCACCCAGAGCAUGAAGGAAUCCGGGGCCGGUCUGCUCGUCCUGCGCUGGCUGCGCUCUUCGGGCAAGGAGCGCUCGCUCGGCUUCCUCGGCAACCGCACCUUCACCCGUCUUCUUCUGCGCUACAUGGUAGCCGAGGGUCUCGACGAGCUCGCCUGGUCCUGGUUCCAGCGGCUGCUGAACGAGCCCGCGCUCACGACGGGAAACCCCGAGCGCGCCGCCCACCCCGCCGUCCUCCUCGAUAGCCUCAUCAUGGCCAAGUCCCAGGCCAUCGAGCUGGACGAGGCCUACACGUCCAUGCUGCGCGGCAAGGAGGUCAUCGACGACACCUCGGCCUCGGCGCAGCACCUCAUGCACGCCUGGCGCAGGCUGUGCUGGCAUACUACGGGCCAGUCGUACAAGCACCAGAUACCGCCCGCUUCGUUGUUCGAGUCCUUUGCCGCGGUCCAUAACGAGUUCCGUAAGCCGCUGCCGAUGGCCAUGGCGCAUCUGGCGCUGUAUCAUCCCACGAACCCGUCGCCGAAUCUGGCGCUGGAGUAUCUCAGUAAUGAGUAUGUGUGGAAUACCAGGCUGCCGAAUUAUAAGCCGGAUAAUCCGGAGGCCAAGUACAUCACCAAGUUGGCGUCGUUGAUGCUGGAUACGAUUCAGAAUCUGAUGCAGAGUGGAAGGUUUACGGAGGCGCAGAGGUUGAUGGAGCGGUUUAGGACGCAUUUGGCGCCGAUGGGACCGCAUCUUGAAGCCAUUGCUUUUUGAUGAUGGCAUCCGUGGCAUGUUUUCUUCAUCUUUUACUCUCUUCUCUUAUCUUUUCCUGCACGUAUUUCCUCUUGACAUGAGGACCCUCCAUCCCUAGUUACCACGGGGAGUGAUUGAUACGUAGCCCACAUACGGUUUCCUUUUUUUCAUUUUCUUUUUUCUUGGCUUUUCUCAUGGU